UAGUAAAAUUCCAAUAUGUGUGAUGAUGAAGCCUGCGCCCUCGUGGUCGACAAUGGAUCCGGCAUGGUCAAGGCCGGCUUCGCCGGAGACGACGCCCCAAGGUGUGUCUUCCCCUCCAUCGUCGGCCGCCCCCGUCAUCAGGGUGUGAUGGUCGGUAUGGGUCAGAAGGACGCCUACGUCGGCGAUGAGGCCCAGAGCAAGAGAGGUAUCCUGACUCUCAAGUACCCCAUCGAGCACGGUAUCAUCACCAACUGGGACGACAUGGAGAAGAUCUGGCAUCACUCCUUCUACAACGAACUCCGUGUUGCUCCUGAGGAAUCUCCCGUCCUCCUCACUGAGGCUCCCCUCAACCCCAAGGCCAACCGUGAGAAGAUGACCCAGAUCAUGUUCGAGACCUUCAACACACCCGCCAUGUACGUGGCCAUCCAGGCCGUGCUGUCCCUCUACGCCUCUGGUCGUACCACUGGUAUUGUGCUCGAUACUGGUGAUGGUGUGACCCACACCGUCCCCAUCUACGAAGGUUAUGCUCUUCCUCAUGCUAUCCUUCGUCUCGACUUGGCUGGUCGUGACCUCACCGCUUACCUGAUGAAGAUCCUCACAGAGAGGGGUUAUUCUUUUACCACAACGGCGGAGAGAGAAAUUGUUAGAGAUGUAAAGGAAAAAUUGUGUUACGUUGCUCUUGAUUUCGAAGGAGAAAUGGCCACAGCUGCAGCUUCCUCCUCUCUGGAGAAAUCCUACGAACUUCCCGACGGUCAGGUCAUCACCAUCGGCAACGAGAGAUUUCGUGCUCCCGAGGCUCUGUUCCAGCCCUCGCUCUUGGGCAUGGAAUCCGUCGGUAUUCACGAAACUGUGUAUAAUUCCAUCAUGAGGUGCGAUAUUGAUAUCAGAAAAGAUUUGUUUGCCAACAACGUAAUGUCUGGUGGCACUACCAUGUACCCUGGUAUUGCUGACCGCAUGCAGAAGGAAAUCACUGCUCUUGCUCCAUCGACUAUUAAGAUCAAGAUCAUUGCUCCUCCCGAGCGCAAAUACUCCGUCUGGAUCGGAGGUUCUAUCCUUUCUUCCUUGUCCACCUUCCAGGCAAUGUGGAUCACCAAGGAAGAGUUCGAUGAAUCCGGUCCAGGUAUCGUCCACCGCAAGUGUUUCUAAAGUUAUACAAAGUGUAUGUUGUAUCGCUGGUAUCUGGACUAAAUUGUCCCACCAUGUACAGAAAGCUACAGGUUACCACUGAAGGUAAUCAUUAUAUAUGCAGGUAAAGGGUAUAAUGGAAUUUCUAUCAUCACGCAAAAAAAAAAAAAAAAAAAAUCAACAAGUCAAAUACUUGAGCAAAUAUGCAAGGCAAGUGAAAUUUGACUGCAGUAUAACUGAUUUAACAGAUAUCCAUACACUUUUUGCAGACUUUUGCGGAUUUAUGUUCUACGACAAUACUUUUGUAGUAAGGAAUAUAACACACGUGCAAAUGGCUACAUACUACUACACUGUUAGAAAGACAUUUACCAGUUAUUUGUUAUUGUAUCUUUUGAAAUAUAACUGUUUGUCCUGAAAACAAAAAAGUAUUGUUAAUAAAA